AUGGCAACUGGAAUCAAGGCUGCUGAGGAUAACGGCGCGUUCCGUUCUUACGUCGACAAUUAUGCCCAUAUUACCGACUACAACGAGCGUCGUCGUCUCGCUCUUGCUGAGGUCGAUCAGGCCAAGUUUGGGUGGUGGCAUGUGAGGGCCGUGCUUGUUGCCGGUAUUGGAUUCUUUACUGAUUCCUAUGAUAUUUUCGCUAUUAACAUUGCUUCGGUCAUGUUGGGAUACGUCUUCUGGGAUUCCGGUAAGAUCCCCACCAGCGCCGACACCGCCAUCAAGGCCGCUACCUCCGGUGGUACAGUCAUCGGCCAGCUCGGCUUCGGUUACCUCGCCGACGUCGUCGGUCGUAAGAAGAUGUACGGUCUCGAACUCAUCGUCAUCCUCGUCGCAACACUCGGUCAAGCGCUCUCCGCUCACUCCCCCGCCGUCCACAUCGUCGGUCUCAUGAUCUUCUGGCGUACCAUCAUGGGUGUCGGAAUCGGUGGUGACUACCCCCUUUCUUCCGUCAUCACCUCCGAAUUCGCGACGACCAAGUGGCGUGGAUUCAUGAUGAAUGCUGUUUUUGCCAUGCAGGGUUUUGGACAGUUGGCUGCUGCGGUCGUUGCGUUGGUUUGUGUGCAGGCCUGGAAGGGAUCUUUGGAGACGGCGCAGGCUGCCAACCAGUGUGAUGCCAACUGCAAGCUUGCUAUUGACAAGAUGUGGCGUGUCAUCAUCGGUUUCGGUGCUAUUCCCGGAGCCAUCGCUCUCUACUACCGUCUUACCAUCCCCGAGUCCCCCCGUUACACUCUCGAGAUCGAGCAGAACACCGCGUCCGGUGUCAAUGAUGCCAAGGCCUUCCUCCAGAACAAGGCCAAGCUUCCCGGAACCAACGAUUUGGCCGAGCAGGCUGAGAACGCUGCUGCCCGCGAGCAGCUCGCCGCCACCGGUGACCUCCCCCCCAAGGCUUCCUUCCGCGACUUCUGGGCCAUCUUCGGUACCUGGAGAUACGGAAAGUACUUGCUCGGUACUGCCGGAUGUUGGUUCACCCUCGACGUUGCUUACUACGGUCUCGGUCUCAACAACUCCAUCAUUCUCCAGGCCAUCGGAUACGCUUCCGAAUCCAACGUCUACAAGAACUUGUACAACGUCGCGCUCGGUAACGUCAUCAUCACCUGCGCUGGUGCCAUCCCGGGAUACUGGGUCUCCGCCGCCACCAUCGACACCGUUGGCCGUAAACCCGUCCAAAUGAUGGGUUUCGUGUUGUUGACCGUCAUCUUCAUCGUCAUCGGUUUCGCAUACCACAAGCUCUCCUCGAACGCGCUCUUCGCACUCUACGUCCUCGCCCAAUUCUUCUUCAACUUUGGCCCCAACUCCACUACGUUCAUCGUCCCCGGCGAACUCUUUCCGACCCGUUACCGCUCAACCGCCCACGGCAUCUCCGCCGCAUCCGGCAAAAUGGGCGCAAUCCUCGCACAAGUACUCAUCGGCCCCCUCCGUAACCGUGGUGGAACGAACAAGUGGCUCAACCACGUCAUGCAGAUUUUCGCCCUGUUCAUGUUCCUCGGGAUCCCGCUUACUCUCCUCGUGCCUGAGACGAAGAGGAAGACGCUCGAGGAGGUUAUUGAGGAGUAUUUCCCUACGAUUCCGGGAGCGAGGAUGGGAGGACCCAUUAAGAGGGAUGAUGGGUCCGUUGAGAUGGUUGAGGCGGAGGGGUCUUCUGCACGUGAUGUUAAGGGGUUCAAUGCUGUUUAA